UUGCAAGAAAGUUGAAACACAAUUAAUUGCCAGUCCAAAUUUAUGUUAUAUUCAAAGUUAACUUAGGUUUACUUAAUCACUAAAGUUAUUUAGAUCAUGGCCGGAAAAGAUUUAUUAGGUCGUCUUACUAAACUCGGUGGAAGUGGUGUCGCGUUGGGUGGGGUCGCUGCUCUAAUUUAUGGAGUUAAGGAAUCCAUCUAUUCUGUGGAAGGCGGUCACAGAGCUGUUUUAUUCAACAGGAUAGGAGGUGUACAACAAGUCACAUAUGGCGAAGGGUUGCAUUUUAGGUUACCAUGGUUUCAAUAUCCAAUCAUCUACAACAUAAGAUCCCGCCCAACUAGAGUUGGCUCUCCUACAGGUAGUAAGGAUCUUCAAAUGGUGAAUAUUAACUUGAGAGUUUUAACUCGACCGGAAGCAAGUUCUCUACCAUUGAUAACACAAACACUUGGAACAGAUUAUGAUGAGAAAGUCUUACCAUCAAUUGUGAAUGAAGUUUUAAAAAGUGUUGUUGCCAAGUUUAAUGCUUCGCAAUUGAUUACACAGCGAGCACAGGUUGCUCAGCAAGAUGCCCAGCGUGCUCAAUACAUAGUUGAACGAGCGAAACAAGACAGACAACAAAAGAUUGUACAAGCCGAGGGAGAAGCACAAAUUGCUAAAACAUUAGGAGAAGCCAUCAGUAAAAACCCAGCUUACCUUAAAUUAAGGAGAAUCCGAGCAGCACAGAGCAUUGCUAAAACACUUUCACAAGGCCAGAACAAAGUAUAUCUUGAUGCAAACAGUCUCAUGCUUAAAAUUGGUGAUGAUGUUUACGAAAAGAGAAAACUUUAAAAUAAUUUCCAUUCUGCGUACAUGGAUUCCUGGUUCAAUUGAUUUCUUGCGUGAAGUUGCAACAUUGACUAAUUCUUGAUCCACACCGGCUGCACCAUUUGUACAUUACGUGUUGUGAAAUUCAAUAAACAAUUAUCUUGUAAAAAA